AUGGCCAAGAACAAAAAGGGAGAGCUCGAUGAGCUCAAGCAAGAAGUUCGAAUGGACGAACAUCAAGUUCCACUCGAGCAAUUGGUCGCGCGUCUUGGAACAGAUCUCGAAAAGGUGAGUAGCCAUUACAAUACAUUUUUGAAGCCAAGAAAAGUCAAAAAAAGUGGGAAUCUAUUAUUCUUCCUAUUAAUUGCGUAGACGUUUUUAUUGCGAGGCUUUCCGCACCUUUUCAACCUUUCAAAUUCGACCUUUUUCCACAGUGAAAUUCGAAUAUCGCUGCGACGUAAGCUUUUCUAUCUGCGUCGCAGCAGAUUUUCUAAAGGUUCUUUCCCAGUGCAAGAAAACAGCAAUUUGAUUUCGUUGCGACACAAUUCAUUUUCUUCAAUUCUCAAUGCGAAAGCGUAUUCAUUAUUUUCCCGACAGAAUUACAUAUUGUUUUUUUUUAUUUCAGGGUCUAACCAGUUUCCGAGCUGAAGAAGCGUUAGCCCGCGACGGUCCCAACUCUCUGACUCCGCCAAAAAGCACUGCAGAAUGGGUGAAAUUUGCAAAAAAUCUGUUUGGCGGCUUCGCUAUGCUCCUUUGGAUUGGCUCUGUCCUUUGUUACAUUGCAUUCGCCGUCGAUUACUUUACAAUGGAAAACCCGGCAUUCGACAAUCUAUAUUUGGGAAUUGUCCUAAUGAGCGUUGUAAUUAUCACCGGUUGUUUCCAAUACUAUCAAGAAAACAAGUCAUCGAAGAUUAUGGAGUCGUUCAAGUCGAUGAUUCCAACCUACGCCAUGGUAUAUCGGAAUGGCGAGAAGAUCCAAGUCGAAACCGAAAAACUGGUAGUUGGAGACGUGGUGGAAAUCCACAGUGGCGACAGAGUUCCGGCCGAUAUUCGAGUCAUCUCAGCGUCCGGAUUCAAAGUCGAUAACGCGUCCCUGACUGGUGAAUCCGAGCCGCAAUCGCGCUCUCCAGAAUGCACCAACGAGAAUCCGUUGGAAACCAAGAACAUCGCGUUCUUCUCAACAAAUGCUGUUGAAGGAACAUGCAAGGGAAUCGUCAUCUACACUGGGGAUCGCACGGUAAUCGGAAGAAUCGCUCAUCUGGCCGCGGAUUUGGACUCGGGAAUGACGCCUUUGGCCAGGGAAAUUGAGCAUUUCAUUCACAUUAUCACAAGUGUCGCAAUUUUUGUUGGAGUUACGUUCUUUAUCAUCUCGCUGUUUUUGGGUUACCACUGGAUUACCGCAAUUGUGUUUUUGAUCGGCAUUAUCGUUGGAAACGUUCCGGAAGGUAAGGAUUUAGCGAUAUUUAAACGGCAGGGAGCCUGCUCGAUAUUUAUGAUACCGAAUUUAGGUCUAAUUGCCACUGUGACCGUCUGCCUAACCCUCACAGCCAAAAGAAUGGCUUCCAAGAACUGCCUGGUCAAGAAUCUUGAAGCCGUUGAAACUCUCGGCUCCACUUCGACCAUCUGCUCCGACAAGACGGGAACUCUUACUCAAAAUCGAAUGACUGUUGCGCACACUUGGUUCGACCUAACCAUUUCCAGUUGCGACACAACCGAGAACUAUGUUGGUGGUCAACGUAACCGCUGCGAGUCCGAAACAGCGUUAUUGCGGAUUGCAGCACUCUGCAACCGCGCUGAAUUCAAGAGUGGCCAGACCGAAGCCCCAGUUCUUCGACGGGAAUGCACUGGAGAUGCGUCGGAGAUCGCGUUGCUUAAAUUUACCGAGCUUCAGCUGGGCAAUGUUAUGGAUUAUCGGCGAAAGAGCCCGAAAAUCGCAGAGAUUCCGUUUAACUCGACAAAUAAGUUCCAAGUGUCGGUUCAUGAAAACGAAGGUGGUUAUCUCCUGGUGAUGAAAGGAGCGCCUGAAAGAAUUUUGGAACGUUGCUCAACGAUGUUAAUCAAAGGACAAGAGAAGGAAUUGGAUGAUAAGCUAAAACACGACUUCAACGAGGCUUACCUUGAACUUGGAGGACUUGGCGAACGGGUUCUUGGAUUCUGUGAUUUCCGUCUGGACGAGACAAAGUUUCCAAAGGGUUUCAAGUUUGAUGCCGAGGAGGUCAACUUCCCAAUGACUGGCUUACGAUUUGUUGGGCUUAUGUCGAUGAUUGACCCUCCUCGCGCUGCCGUUCCCGAUGCUGUAGCUAAAUGUCGCUCUGCGGGAAUUAAGGUAAGCCAAUAUACAAAUAAUGUAAGCACCAUUAACUUUCAGGUAGUAAUGGUCACUGGCGAUCAUCCAAUCACUGCCAAGGCCAUCGCCAAAUCCGUUGGAAUCAUCUCUUCGGAGACUGUUGAAGAUAUCGCUAUGCGAAAAGGAGUUGCCAUUAGUCUUGUCAAUCCUCGGGAGGCCAAAGCCGCGGUUCUUCAUGGUUCAGACCUCCGAGCAAUGAGCUCGGAACAGCUUGAUGACUUCAUCUCACAUCAUGAGGAGAUUGUCUUUGCUAGAACUUCGCCACAGCAAAAACUGAUGAUUGUUGAGGGUUUCCAACGACAAGGUCAGAUUGUGGCUGUCACUGGCGACGGUGUCAACGAUUCUCCGGCUUUGAAGAAGGGUAAGGGCAUCUUUAUUUGGCAGAUUGAUUGAUAAAAGUCCGUUUUUUGACAAUAAUAUUCUAAAAGCUUUAUUUUUUCAGCUGACAUUGGAGUAGCUAUGGGAAUUACCGGCUCAGAUGUCUCCAAACAAGCUGCCGAUAUGAUCCUCAUGGACGACAACUUCGCUUCCAUUGUGGUGGGAGUUGAAGAAGGCCGAUUGAUCUUCGAUAACCUCAAAAAAUCGAUCGCCUACACCUUGACAUCAAACAUUCCUGAAAUCUCUCCCUUUCUUACCUACAUUCUCUUCGGAAUUCCCCUCCCAUUGGGUGCUAUAACGAUCUUGUGUAUUGAUCUUGGCACUGACAUGGUUCCCGCGAUUUCCUUGGCCUACGAAGAGGCAGAGUCCGACAUCAUGAAGCGCAAACCAAGGGAUUCAAACCGCGAUAAACUCGUGAAUGAGCGGCUAAUCUCGCUUGCUUAUGGUCAAAUCGGGAUGAUCCAAGCAAUGGCCGGGUUCUACACGUACUUCUGGAUCAUGGCAGAUAAUGGAUUUAUGCCUUCCAGGUUGUACCAAAUCCGGGCUGAAUGGGAUUCCGUGGCAGUAAACAACUUACCAGACAGUUAUGGACAGGAAUGGGUGGGUUUCAACAAAAAAAAUAUAUUACACAUGACCUUUUGGCCAAAAAAAAUCGUUUUUGGAUCUUCGCAAAAGUUUUAACUAAUAAAAAAUCAAAUUUCAGGCGUAUAAGGACCGAAAGAUCUUAGAGCACACCUGUCAGACCGCGUAUUUCGUUGCAAUCGUUAUCGUUCAAUGGGCCGAUCUGAUCGUUUCCAAAACACGCCGCAACUCGCUGGUCCAACAAGGAAUGUUCAACUGGUACAUGAACUUUGGCCUGGUCUUUGAGACAGCUUUAGCCGCCUUUUUGUGCUACUGUCCCGGCCUCGACAAGGCUCUUCGAAUGUACGGACUUCGGUUUAGCUGGUGGUUCCCACCUCUCCCUUUCUCAAUCAUAAUCUUCCUUUUUGACGAGGUCCGACGGUAUUUAAUCAGACGCUAUCCCGGCGGAUGGGUUGAACGCGAGACCUACUACUGA